GCGCGGCAGACGGGGAGCCCGGGAGGAGUCGGCGGAACGGGAGGAGGAGGAAGACGGAGGAGGAGCGCCGCGCCCCCGCCGGCCGCCUGCCUGUUCACAGGCCGAGAGCUCCAGCGGCAGCCGGCGGGUCCGGGCCGCCUCCGCCGGAGUCCGGCGCGGGCAGAGUCCGGGCCGAUGGGCAGCCCGGGGCAGCGGCGGGCGGCAAGGCAGCUGCCCCGGUACGCGCCGCCAGACGCGCGCGGGCUGUAGCAGGUCUCGGAGGACGGCGUUCCCGAGAUUCUUGCUCCAGGGUAUGUGAGUAGGAGCCACCUCUUCUUCCCCUCAGAUCACUGCCAGUGCUGACUCUGGAAGGCAGCAGUUAUUGGCUUAAGUAAUUGGAUUCCUGCCACUCAUGUGGGAGACCUGGAUUGUGGUCCUAGUUCCCAACCUUGACCCAGUCUCAGCUGUUGCGGGUAUUUGGAGAGUGAACCAGAAGGUGAAGGAAACAUCCAUGACCAGAUGUCUUAAGAAAUGCUUUUGAAAAGAACAGAGGUGUACAAAUUCAUGACAACAGUUGAGCAAGCUGGUUUUGGUGACACUAUGUUCUGAGGAUGUUGUUUACUUUUGGUUAAAAUGAAAAAAAUAGACAAAGCCUUUAUAUCUGCACUUAUUAUUGUGUUGUAAAGAGCAAUGUGAUUAGAUUUGCAUCCAUUCUUCUGGGAAGACUUGAAGCUUCUGGCUUUGCUAGACAUGAGUGACCCAAGGCAGUCACAAGAAGAUAAGCACAAACUUGGCAGAGCGUCUUCAAAGUUCAAGGACCCUCCCAGAAUCAUGCAGUCGGAUGAUUAUUUUGCUCGAAAAUUUAAAGCCAUUAAUGGCAACAUGGGACCCACUUCUUUAAAUGCCUCAAAUUCCGGUGAGAGUGGUGGUCCAGCCAACGGUACCCCAGCCGUGCCCAAAAUGGGCGUGAGAGCAAGAGUGUCUGAGUGGCCUCCUAAAAAGGACUGUUCCAAGGAGCUGACAUGCAAGACGCUGUGGGAAAGCCGAUCUCAGACCAGCUACGAAAGUGUCACCUCCAUCAUGCACAAUGGGCAGAAUGACCAGCGUGAUGGGCAGCAAGAGGAACAGCUUGAUGUGGACUUCGUGGAGGCGAAGUACACCAUCGGAGACAUCUUUGUUCAUUCUCCUCAAAGAGGGCUUCACCCCAUCAGGCAGAGAAGCAAUAGCGAUGUCACCAUCAGUGACAUCGAUGCUGAAGAUGUCUUAGACCAAAAUGCAGUCAACCCCAACACUGGGGCCGCCUUGCACAGGGAAUACGGGAGCACAUCGUCCAUCGACAGGCAGGGCUUAUCUGGUGAAAACUUUUUUGCUAUGCUUCGAGGGUACCGAGUAGAGAAUUAUGACCACAAGGCAAUGGUCCCCUUUGGGUUCCCUGAGUUUUUUCCCUGUGAUCCUGCAAUAUCCCCCAGCCUUCAUGCAGCAGCACAGAUUUCUAGGGGAGAAUUUGUCCGCAUCUCAGGGUUGGACUACAUGGACAGUGCCCUCCUGAUGGGGAGAGACAGGGACAAGCCUUUCAAACGGAGGUUAAAAUCGGAGUCGGUGGAAACUUCCCUCUUCCGAAAGUUGCGAACUGUUAAAAGCGAGCAUGAAACUUUCAAGUUCACAUCAGAACUGGAGGAGGGCCGUCUUGAGAGGGGCAUUCGCCCUUGGCAUUGUCAGCGAUGUUUUGCACAUUAUGAUGUCCAGAGCAUUUUGUUUAAUAUCAAUGAAGCCAUGGCUACAAGGGCUAAUGUGGGGAAAAGAAAAAACAUAACCACCGGGGCUUCUGCCGCAUCCCAGACGCAGAUGCCCACGGGCCAGACAGGCAACUGUGAGUCCCCUUUGGGGAGCAAGGAGGACCUCAACUCAAAAGAGAACCUGGAUGCUGAUGAAGGGGAUGGGAAAAGCAACGACCUCGUCCUUAGUUGUCCUUACUUUAGAAACGAGACUGGUGGAGAAGGUGACAGGAGGAUCGCGCUCUCUCGAGCCAAUUCAUCCUCUUUCAGCUCUGGGGAAAGCUGCUCCUUUGAGUCGUCUCUCAGCUCUCACUGCACAAAUGCAGGCGUCUCGGUCUUGGAAGUGCCACGAGAAAACCAGCCCAUUCACAGGGAGAAGGUCAAGCGCUACAUCAUUGAGCACAUUGACCUGGGGGCCUACUAUUACCGUAAAUUCUUCUACGGAAAAGAGCACCAAAACUACUUUGGAAUCGAUGAAAACCUCGGCCCGGUGGCAGUCAGCAUCCGGAGAGAGAAGGUGGAAGAUGCUAAGGAGAAGGAAGGAUCCCAGUUCAACUAUAGGGUGGCUUUCAGGACCAGUGAGCUUACCACCCUGAGAGGAGCAAUCUUAGAAGACGCUAUACCCUCUACUGCUAGGCACGGAACAGCACGAGGCCUACCGCUCAAAGAAGUUCUAGAAUACGUCAUUCCAGAGCUGAGCAUUCAGUGCCUGCGGCAGGCUUCCAACUCACCCAAGGUCCCCGAACAGCUGCUCAAGCUUGAUGAACAAGGGCUGAGCUUUCAGCACAAGAUUGGGAUCCUUUAUUGCAAAGCGGGCCAGAGCACAGAGGAAGAGAUGUAUAACAAUGAGACAGCAGGACCAGCUUUUGAAGAAUUCCUUGAUCUUCUGGGCCAGCGAGUACGGCUGAAAGGAUUCAGUAAAUAUCGAGCUCAGCUAGACAAUAAAACUGAUUCCACAGGAACUCACUCUCUGUACACCACAUACAAAGACUAUGAACUCAUGUUCCAUGUGUCUACCCUGCUUCCCUAUAUGCCCAACAACAGACAGCAGCUUCUGAGGAAAAGGCACAUAGGAAAUGACAUCGUCACCAUCGUCUUUCAGGAGCCUGGGGCACUUCCUUUUACUCCCAAAAGCAUCCGGUCUCACUUUCAGCAUGUUUUUGUCAUCGUCAAAGUGCAUAAUCCAUGUACUGAAAAUGUUUGUUACAGUGUUGGAGUUUCCAGAUCAAAAGAUGUGCCACCAUUUGGUCCACCAAUCCCCAAAGGUGUGACUUUCCCAAAAUCUGCAGUGUUUCGGGACUUCCUUUUAGCCAAAGUAAUCAAUGCAGAAAAUGCAGCCCAUAAGUCAGAAAAAUUCCGGGCAAUGGCCACUCGAACAAGGCAAGAGUACUUGAAAGAUCUGGCGGAGAACUUUGUCACGACUGCCACUGUGGAUACCUCUGUGAAAUUCAGCUUCAUCACGCUGGGUGCAAAGAAGAAGGAGAAAGUAAAGCCAAGGAAGGAUGCCCAUCUGUUUAGCAUUGGUGCAAUCAUGUGGCACGUGAUAGCACGGGACUUUGGCCAGUCUGCUGACAUCGAAUGUCUUCUUGGGAUUUCCAAUGAGUUCAUAAUGUUGAUUGAAAAAGAUUCCAAGAAUGUUGUAUUUAACUGCUCCUGCAGGGAUGUUAUUGGGUGGACGUCUGGAUUAAUGAGUAUCAAAGUUUUCUAUGAAAGAGGAGAAUGUAUCCUCCUGUCCUCAGUGGAUAACUGUUCCGAAGACAUAAGGGAAAUUGUUCACCGAUUAGUAAUAGUGACCAGAGGCUGCGAGACUGUGGAAAUGACCCUGAGGAGGAAUGGGCUGGGCCAGCUCGGCUUCCAUGUGAAUUUUGAAGGCAUCGUCGCAGAUGUGGAACCUUUUGGCUUUGCCUGGAAGGCUGGUCUUCGCCAAGGUAGCCGCCUUGUGGAAAUCUGCAAAGUGGCCGUGGCCACUCUGACCCACGAGCAGAUGAUCGACCUGCUGCGGACUUCUGUGACUGUGAAGGUGGUCAUCAUCCAGCCUCAUGAUGACGGCUCACCCCGGAGAGGGUGUUCAGAGCUCUGCCGGAUCCCCAUGGUGGAAUACAAACUGGACAGCGAAGGCACCCCCUGCGAGUACAAAACCCCCUUCAGGAGGAACACCACGUGGCACCGAGUGCCCACCCCUGCCCUGCAGCCCAUCUCCAGGGCCUCCCCUGUCCCUGGCACGCCCGACCGGCUUCAGUGCCAGCAGCUGCUCCAGCAGGCCCAGGCCGCCAUUCCUCGCAGCACCUCCUUUGACCGGAAGCUGCCCGAUGGCACAAGAAGCUCACCCAGCAACCAGUCAUCAUCCAGCGACCCGGGACCCGGCGGGAGUGGACCCUGGAGACCGCAAGUGGGCUAUGAUGGGUGCCAGUCUCCUCUGCUGCUCGAGCACCAGGGCUCCGGUCCUUUGGAAUGUGAGGGAGCCAGGGAGCGGGAGGAUGCCAUGGAAGGAAGUAGACACCCAGAAACCAAAUGGCACGGCCCACCCUCCAAAGUCCUGAGUUCCUAUAAAGAGAGAGCGCUGCAGAAAGAUGGAAGCUGCAAGGAUUCCCCCAAUAAGCUUUCUCACAUUGGAGAUAAAAGUUGCUCCAGUCACUCCAGCAGCAACACACUCUCCAGUAACACCUCCAGCAACAGCGACGACAAGCACUUUGGGUCUGGGGACCUGAUGGACCCUGAACUGCUGGGGCUGACUUACAUCAAGGGGGCCUCCACUGACAGCGGCAUCGACACAGCCCCAUGCAUGCCCACCGCCAUCCUCGGCCCCAUGCACCUGACGGGCAGCAGGUCCCUGAUCCACAGUCGGGCCGAGCAGUGGGCUGAUGCGGCUGACAUCUCGGGGCCUGAGGAUGAUCCAGCCAAGAUGUACACCGUGCAUGGCUAUGCAGCUGCUAUCUCUUCUGGCGGUGCUACUGAGGGCAGCAUGGGUGACCUCAGUGAGAUAUCAUCGCAUUCCAGUGGCUCUCACCAUUCAGGAAGCCCUUCGGCACACUGUUCUAAAAAUAGUGGAUCUCUGGAUACUUCCAAAGUCUACAUCGUGUCUCACAGUAGCGGUCAGCAGGUUCCCGGCUCCAUGUCCAAGCCCUAUCACAGACAAGGAGCAGUGAACAAAUACGUCAUCGGCUGGAAGAAAUCGGAGGGCAGCCCACCGCCCGAGGAGCCUGAAGUGCCGGAAUGCCCCGGGAUGUACAGUGAGAUGGAUGUCAUGUCCGCAGCAACUCAGCAUCAGACAGUGGUAGGAGAUGCUGUUUCAGAAACUCAACACGUUCUGUCAAAAGAAGACUUCCUGAAACUGAUGCUUCCUGACAGCCCUUUGGUGGAGGAGGGGAGAAGAAAGUUUUCAUUCUAUGGGAACCUGUCCCCGCGGAGGUCGCUGUACCGCACCCUCUCUGAUGAGAGCAUAUGCAGCAACCGGAGGGGCUCCUCCUUCGGCAGUUCCCGAAGUUCCAUCCUUGACCAAGCCCUGCCCAACGACAUUCUCUUCAGCACCACCCCGCCCUACCACAGCACACUGCCUCCGAGGACCCACCCUGCACCCAGCAUGGGGAGCCUGCGAAAUGAGUUCUGGUUCUCCGAUGGGUCCUUAUCAGAUAAGUCCAAGUGCGCAGAUCCUGGCCUGAUGCCUCUCCCGGACACGGCCACGGGGUUAGAUUGGUCCCACCUCGUGGAUGCUGCGCGGGCAUUUGAAGGUCUUGACUCAGAUGAAGAACUUGGGCUGCUCUGUCACCACACGUCUUAUCUAGACCAGAGGGUAGCAUCCUUCUGCACAAUGACAGAUAUGCAACAUGGGCAGGAACUGGAAGGGGACCAGGAGCUACCCUUGUGUGUAGAUCCAGACAGUGGCAAAGAGUUCAUGGACACAACUGGGGAGCGUUCGCCAUCAACACUGACUGGUAAAGUUAAUCAGCUGGAAUUAAUUCUUCGCCAACUCCAGACUGACCUCCGGAAGGAAAAACAGGACAAGGCAGUUCUGCAAGCAGAAGUGCAGCACCUGCGACAAGACAACAUGAGGCUGCAGGAGGAGUCCCAGACUGCCACAGCUCAGCUGCGGAAAUUCACAGAAUGGUUUUUCAACACCAUUGACAAGAAAUCCUAACCAGUGUGCACCGCACCGAGGGACCAUAGGGGAACACCUGUUGUCCCUUCCAAGUUGCAAACGUGUGUUUAUUUCAGUAUGCUUUUAACCAACUGUAGAUGUUCUUGCUCUCCCAUUCUCUGUAGCACCAUUCACCCCAGCAGGAUAGGGAGCCGCGUCUCUUUCUCGGUAGCCACAGCAGAGAGCAGCGCUGAUGUGCCGGUGAAUGUAACUCCCGGUGUGAAGAUGAAUGUACAUUCUGGUGGCAGUUGAGACCUUUCUCUUUCAGACUCUACUAAAUGGUGCUCUGGCUUGGGCUUACCUCAAGAAGAAAGAGAAUUGCGUUGGAUUUCCUAUAUAUCAGGUGACCUGGUAGAGAUGUUAAAGCAAUUUACCAUAGUUUGGGCUUUAGUAUUGUAAAAUAUACAUGAAAACAAAUAAUCAGACAUAUACUUUAAUGUUAAAGGUGCUCUAUUUUUUUGGAUGUACAGUAGUUUUAUUUCCACAGCCACAUUAUCAUAGCAAUAAGAAAGGAGGCAUAGUAAAUAGUUGGAGAAGCUUUGUCAGAGGAAAUAAAAAAGCACUGAUGUGGUUAACACUAGUUCGAAUGCAGUUACUUUAGAGACUUAUUUAUUUGCAGGAAAAAAAUGGUGCCUGAAUAUUAACAGUGUUCUGAUUUUUUUAAAAGAAAAAGAUACAUAUGCCUUGUCAAUGGCUCACCGAGUUGUCAGUAGUCACUUCAACUCUUAGUUCACUUUUGUAUAGUUGCUCUGCUGAAAAAAAAAAGGAGAGAGAGUAAAACUGCUGACUCAUCGCAACUCCCCUGUAUGCUGUGAGCCAGCAAAAUCACUUGUACAAUGCCAGAUUUGUUUAUCUUUGUACAGAAGCUUUGAUGAAGUGUCUUGUAUUUAACACCCUUAUUUAAGCUUAUUUAACCUUAAAUUGUUAAUUUUAUAAAAUUUGGUUGUACCUGCACUAUGAUGAGGGAGGUAGGUAGUGGCAAGCUCAGAAAGGCUGUCUGCCUGGAGACUGAGAAGCAGGGUGGGGAGAUUCUAACAACUGGAUGCUGCUAGUAACAAGUUGUUUGUAUUGCUUUACCAUUUUUAACUGUUAUAUUUGAGAUGAACAUACAUUUUGCUUUUUUAAUAAAUGUUGAAAAGAAGUCCAAAUAGGUAA